CUAAAUAACUCGCAUUUCACAUAAAUAAAAACUGAAUUUAGAUACACAUAAUUUAAAUAAAAUAACAAACAUUGGCAUAAAUCUUUGAGUUUACUUUUAAUUAUUUAAAAAAAUUAAAAUGGAUGAUGUUGAAAAACUAAGUUGCAAGGAAGAGCUCUAUUUAAGUGAUGUCGAGAAUUCAGCGACGGAUGAUCAUAAGGAAGUGGAAGAGAAACCUAAAAAAAGAAAACGAAGACGCCGGGAAAUUGACAUGUUGUCAGAUGAUGAUGAAAGUGAUGAUGAUAGUGGUGGUAAGAAAAUUCGCAUGCUGAGUCCAGAACCAAAUUCCUCAGCACACAGAGAACCUCGGACAUGUGUUCUUAAGGCAAGUCAAAAACGACGUCCACUCUCUCGCCUCUUAGAGCAACUCCUACGUAACCUUGAAAAAAGAGAUCACCACCAGUUUUUCGCCUGGCCUGUAAAUGAUAACUUUGCUCCUAACUACUCAAACAUCAUCAAGAGACCAAUGGACUUCUCAACUAUCAAACAGAAGAUUGAUGAGAAUGGCUACAAAUCCCUCAACUGUUUUAUUAGUGACUUCAAGUUGAUGUGUAACAAUGCAAUGAAGUACAACAAGCCAGGCACAGUGUACCACAAGGCGGCUCGGCGGCUCCUGCACUCCGGCCUGAAGCAGCUCACACCACAGAAGCUGAGGCCACUCGGAGACAUGCUAACGUAUAUGUAUGAGAUACCAAUCAGAGAGCUUGGCUUCGAUAUCGGGAAGAUGGAUGUGCACAAAGUACUUAAGCGAAGCAGCCCUAUCAAAAGCGGAGGUUCGGAAGCGGAGGUUGUAUCGGACGGGGCGGAGCGACAGGACUCCGGGGACAGUGUGAAGAUACAGAUGGAAGCAGCGAGGGAGCAGCACCGGAGACGACUUGCUAAAAAAGCGUUUCCGCGAAUGGACGCUGACGGCAAAACGACCCUAUGCCUGGUGACCAGCACCGCGGACCAGCACGGGGAGGAUAAGCCCGUCACGCUGGGACAAUACGUCGGGAAGCUGUCUCAGGGCACCGGCUCACUGCACACGACGCGCGAGGACCGGCGCAACGUAGCGCGGUGUGUUAAGCCGCUUCACUACGGAGCGUUCAGCUCGUAUGCACCCUCAUAUGACUCCACGUUCGCCACGCUCACGCCCGCCGAGUCACACCUGCUCUACCACACUCUGCCGCGGGAGACGGGGCGAGGCAACGAGGAGCUGCUGCGGUUCGCCGCGGACUCUCCGUGGAGCGCCAUCUACGACAUGGAGGCCAUGUUCCCCGCCACGCCUCCCGUCGACCGUCGGCAGGCGACCGAACUGCCGGGCUCCGACGAUAACGAACUUAUGAAGGUGAAGAUUGACGUGGAGGAGCUGCGCACGCUGUCGUCGCUGGGAAUCGACGUAGAGUUCCUGAGCGAAAUGCAGGAGGAGUUGCAGUUCGCGCAGAAGGACUUCGGCAUCAGCGCCGCGCUGCGACACACGCGGGACCUCAUCGAGAAGCUGCACCGCGACCAGAGGGACAGGCUGUCGGCCACCCCGCCGUGGCACCUGUCGCUGGCGCCGCGCGCGGGCGGGGCGGAGCGCGAGUCGGCGCGCCUGGCCGCCAACUGCCUGCGCGCCAUGCUGCAGCGGGUGCCGCCGCGACACGUGGCGCCGCUGCCCGCGCUGCGCCGCGCCAUGGGCGUCACGCUCGACCACCUGGACACCCCCAUGGCCGUGGACGACUUCGAGAUAGAGAUGCACGAGCGAGACACCUCCGACCUAGAGUCACGCUCCAGCCACGACUCAAGACGAUACGACAAGUGAUCGGCUGUCGACCGGUGACUCCUUCACCAUACAUAACAAAACGCAAGCGUUUUGUUAUAUUCAUUAAUGUUCUCUUUUAAUUUAUGCUUAUAAUUUUUGCAAAAUAACCUGUAAGGGACACAGAAUUCCGUCCCCGUAUAUUAAAUAAAUCAUAGCAAGAUCUUGGUGAACUGCUCAUAAUAUUAUGGAUUACUACUCGAUGCGGUCAACUCCUUGUGUCAGAAUUUUAAAUUCAUAAUUUAAUGUUUGGUUUAGUGGAGAAUUCUGGUUCCGAAUUAUAAAGGAGAAAAAACUUAUUAUCUCUGGCGAGAGCAUAAAAUAUUGUACAAUACAAUGAUAGUCUCCCACUUAACAAGAUAUUUUUCUUUCAGAUUUAAGCCAAUAAUUCAUCCCUCUGCAUCUUCUAUCGCAUGUAUCACGUAGAGUAGACUCAAAGGAGUUAUUAGGGUUGCUAUCAGCAGCCGGAUUCCACCACCCGAAUUGUGGAAUCAAUUACCGGCUGCAGUUUUCCUGAACCGAUACGACUUAAGGACCUAAAAUAAUAUAGCAUACUUCCACCUUAAAGGCCGGAAACGCAUCUCUCGACCAAACAGUAGGGCACAUUUAAGAAAAAAAAUCUCGAGACGGUCGAUGCAACGUACCUAGUGUAUAGGUAUAACACAGUUCUGUGACCACGUUAGCGUAAAAGCGCUUUAUUUUAAAUCAACGAAAUUGUUCUCUCUACUCUGUCCAUAGAACAUAAUAUUACCUGCUCUAUUAUGAUUAAAGAUAGAUAAAGUAAGGUUUUUAUUAUUAUUCUCCUUUAAAAGUAAUUAAUUUUGUAUAAAACGAAUCACGUUCUAAUGAUUCUAGUGUAUAUAGAUUUAAGUAGGUAUACAGUGUUUAAGAAUUGUAAAUAUAAAAUUGAAGAAAAUAAUGCGUUUUAUUAAUCGAUAUAUAUCUUAUAUAUACAGUAUGGACUGCAUACCUAUGAAAUAAAUAAAAAUAUAAGUAAUACUACUUCCACAGAACUAUCGCAAAAAAGCGAAACAUUCAAACAAAAUAAAUAUUUAAAUAAAUGUACUAACGGUGAACAGUACUGUACAGACACCGUACAUUGACCUCUGGAUUAUCGGCUUCACAUUUGAUUUGUUUAUUUGCGACGAAAUAAAAAUUCACUAUGUUCAUUCUUACGAACACUUGUUAUUUUGGUAUAACUGAACUGAACUUUAAAUUCAAUAUUGUGCAUCUUGUUUUACCUUCAAAAAAAACUCCUAUACGCAAACGUCAAAGACAAAAUAAAUGUCUAAUUAACCGUAAAAAGCAAUAACAAUUACUUAUCGAACUUAAAAACACAAUUUACACAUGUACAUAAACUAGUAAGUAUCCAUUUCAUUGAUGUUUGAUUCCUUCGAAAGGCAAACGCAAGUCACAAAUACACUGGUCACUCAUGAGUGAUGGCUUACUUAAG